GCGCACAACGUGUUACGUUAGUUAUAAUGCCGUUCCUACAACCUAGACGAUGUCUUCUCCUGGUUUUUUUGAGCUUACACCUUAAAUCUGGAUUUGCAAACUUCGAGACUAAUCGUGAUAUUGAUACCAAGACUCCAGCUUUAAUAAGAAAGAGCGGAUAUCUUGUGGAAAUACAUGCAGUUGUCACAAGAGAUGGGUACAUUUUGGAACUUCAUCGAAUUCCCAGCAGUCGAUACAGCAGAAAUGGUCAACAAAAUCGUAAAAAGCCUAUUCUUCUGCAACACGGUUUAGCUGGCAGCUCUGCUGAUUGGGUCCUAAUGGGACAAGGAAAAUCACUCGGUUUCGUGUUGGCUGAUGCGGGUUACGACGUUUGGCUCGGGAACAAUCGAGGCAAUAUUUAUUCCAGAAAUCACACUAAUAUGAUACCCACCGAUCAAUUUUUUUGGGAUUUCAGUUUUCAUGAACUUGGAACCGAGGACCUUCCGGCGAUGAUUGACUACAUUCUUCAGCAGACUGGACGACGGAAGCUCUUCUUCGUGGGCCAUUCACAGGGGACGACCCAAUUUUGGGUGAUGGCUUCUGAAAGACCGGAGUACAAUUCGAGGGUCAUCCUCACUGUCGGCCUCGCGCCCGCAGCCUUCACCGGCCAUCUGCGCGGACCGGUUACGAAAUUGACGAAGCUGACAUACUUUGGUGUGUGGGUUGGUGAAAAUUUCGGCUAUCCAGAAUUUGGAUCCCGUUCCGCAUGGGGAAAAUUCGUAUCCAGUUUGCUCUGUGAUAGUAAAGCGCCCACACAAUUUCUAUGCAGCAAUAUGCUUUUUUUAGUGGCAGGUUUUAGUCGCGGUGAACUAAACAUGGAAAAUCUCACAGUGAUUAUUGGACACGUUCCAGCUGGCGCAUCGUGGAAACAAUUUAUACAUUUUGGACAAGGAUAUAUUAAUCCCGGAACAUUUAGACACUUUGAUUACGGAGACAGUAAAAUUAAUUUUAAAAUGUAUGGCUCUUCAAUUCCUCCAGACUACGCUUUAGAAAGAGUGAGUUCUCCGGUCGCUUUAUUUAGCAGUGCCAAUGAUUGGCUUGCAGCACCUCAAGUUCAGCUUAUUGAUAAAUAUGGCUACAAUCCAGAAGCACAUACAGUGGCUACUUAUGACGAAUAUAUUUUAGAAAUGCAUAGGAUAACUGGACCUAAGAGCAAUCCAAAUCCCGAGGGAAAACCAGCUGUUCUUCUCAUGCAUGGAAUCCUUAUGAGUUCAGCUGAUUGGAUUAUUUUGGGCCCUAAAAAGUCCCUGGGUUACAUUUUAGCAGACGCUGGAUACGACGUUUGGAUUGGAAAUGUCAGAGGCAAUACUUACAGUAGGAGACAUCUUAGUUCUUCUGUAGGCGAAAAAAGCUUUUGGCAAUUCAGCUGGCACGAAAUUGGAUUGCGCGACCUACCAGCAAUGAUUGAUUAUGCUUUGGAAAAGACUGGAAAGAAAAAAUUAUAUUAUAUUGGACACAGUCAAGGCACCACAACCUUUUUCGCAAUGGCUUCUGCAUUGCCUGAAUACAAUGAAAAAAUUGUAUCAAUGCAUGCACUCGCUCCGGUUGCAUUCUGCAAAAAUAUUGUUAGUCCACCACUUCGAUUUCUUUCAUUGAUUGCAGACCAAAUGGAAAUGGUGUUUAAAUACCUCGGCGUAUACGAACUUCGUCUCACCCAAGCAUUUUACGACAAAUUCACUUCGAAAGUGUGCGACGAGGAUUCUAUGUUACAGCCACUUUGCAGCAAUUUACUAUUUAUGAUUACUGGAUUCAGUCCUAAUCAGCUGAAUAUUACUAGGCUUCCUACCAUAUUAGGUCAUGUUCCAGCAGGAGCAUCUGUCAAACAGGCUAUCCACUAUGCUCAACUCAUGAAAAGAAAUGAAUUUCGCCAAUUUGACCAUGGUAUAUUUGGAAACCUGAAGAAAUAUGGAAAAAUAUCACCUCCAGAUUAUGAUUUGAGUCAAAUUUCUGCACCUGUAUCUCUACAUUACAGUGUCAACGACUGGCUCACUCACACUAAGGACGUGGAAAAUCUUUACAGUAAGCUGGGAAAUCCAAUUGGAAAAUUUCGAGUUCCUCUGAGUGAAUUCAACCAUUUGGACUUUCUUUGGGCAAAAGACGCAGAUACGCUUCUUUACGAGAAAAUUAUAAGUCUUAUGUCUCGUUACAGAGAAGAUUAAACCGAAUAAAUAAAUGAAUUAUUAGACCGAAUUCUUCUUCUAUUCUGCGAGUAUAUCGUUACUAAUAAUAGUGAUAAUAAUAAUAAUAAUAAUAAUAAUUAACAGAAGAGCUGUG